AUGAUAUCAGUAGAAUAAUUAUUCAUUUUGAUUUCGUUUUAAAUUCAAAAUCAUUUAAUUCAUAAUUUGAAUUAAAUAAAUGUUUGUAAUUAUUUGAAUUAGAAUCUGUCUCAAAUUUUGGGUUAAAUUGUUAAUGCUUUCUUGAUCCAGAUGAUAAUCAUCAAUUAUUUAUAACUUUAGGAGAAAACUCAAAAAUAAAUGUAGGUGAUGAAUUACUAUUUCUAAGUAAUUCUUUAUCUCAUGUUAAUUGUGAUUACUAAUCUAAACAAGUUUAUUUUUCCAACAUUAUAAUUGCCACUAAACCCAUUGGCUCCAUAAAUUGAGUAUAUUGUACCUUUACACAAAUUGAAUCCUUAUACAGAAAACUCAAUUUAUUUGAAAUCAAUAAAAAAAUAUGGAUUUAGAAAAUUAAAUAAUAUCAAAUGGACUGUUUAAGCAGAAACAAGCCAAAUUACAGAAUCCUUGAGAGAUUUCAUUACAUAAAUCAAUUUACUUUAGGAAUAUAAUUUACUUAUACCCAAACUUACAUUACCUGGUGAUGGAAUUCUCAAAUUUAAGAUCUAAUAUGAAAAUUUCAUUAAUAUUCAUUCAUAAUCAGAAUUUACAAUAUAAACUCAUUCAGGAAGCCUUCCAUACAUUGAUAUAAUUGUAAAACCUUAAUAUUUCGUAUAUGAGACAAUUACUAUAGGUUUAUCUGCUAACACUUUAUAUUAAUCAAAUUAAAGUGAUAGUUCUAAAUAUUUGAUUGAAAUUAGUGAAAUUGAUAGAUAUCCUAAAAAGUCAUCUUCUUCACAAUUAAAUAAAUCCAUGUAAUCUAAUCCUUUUGAAAAAAUUUAAGCUAGCAUUCUAAAAUAUACAUUAAGUCCUAAUACAAGUUAUACGUUCUAAGUUAAUGCAACAAAUUUAAAUACAAAUAAGGCUCAAUAAUAAAAUUUGAGUAUUUAAAUCCCAUAUGCUGGAUUAAUAUGCAAAUUUAAUAACAAAGAAAUCUAGAGUAUUAGAAAGGAUCUCAAUUUAUAGAUAUAAUGUAGAGAUUUAGACACAAUAUAUGAUUGGAAUACUGAUCCAGAUUUGUAUGUCCAAGUAGCCUGUAAGGAUUUAACUUUAAAUAGCACUUGCAUAAAUUAAUUAAAAUAAUUAAUUAAUGUCAAUGUUACAGAUACAUUUUAGUUUAUUAAGAAGAAUUCAAUUUCUUCCUUAACUGUGUAGGAAUGGUCAGUCAUAGUAACCAAAUUUGACUAAAUUUAAAAAUUUACAUAAAUUAUCGUUUUUCUUGAGGAUGAUUUCCCUGUUUUAGAUUUAGAUUUCAAUUAGGGUUAUUUAAUGAGAUAGGUUAAUAAUUAUGAAUAGCUGAAUUUUACAUUUCUAAUCCCAUUCAAUUAAAAAUCUUAGUUAUUAGAUCUAUCAAUUGCACUUAUAUAUAACUAUCAGAUAAUAGCAAUACUGUAACCUAAAUAUUUUUCUCAUUAAUUUAAGUUAUUUAAUAGUCUAGAAGAGUUAAAAUUGGGGAAUAACAUUAAUCUUAAAUUUACAGCAUAAUAUACAAACAAUAUGAUGCCUAGUCUAAAUACCAUAAAACUGACUAUUAAUUAACCUCCUAUCUGUUCAAAAUUAACUAUUACUCGUUCUAAUGAUUAAGCACUUUCAAAUAUGAUGGUUACUACUUCUUGUUAAUACUCAGAUGAUUCUCCUUAUAAGUACGAACUUAGAGUAUUUUUGAGAGAAUAAGAUUUAACAGAUUUUUUGAAAGGUUCAUCUGAUAAUUCCUUAAUUCUUUAUCCUUAUUAGUCAUAAACUCAAUUUUAGAUUUAAAUUUCUUCUUCAGUGGAUUCUUCAAAAAUUGGACUUUUAUUAUAAGUGCUUGAUUAAGGAGGAUCAAUAACUCCUAUUUAUGAGUUAAUUACUUCAACCCCUGCAAAAAUUAAUUGUUCCUAAAUAUAAUUUACAAAUUUGAAAUUGCAAAACAAGAUUUCUUUGUUAUUUGAAGCAAUGAAUUAAAAAUGUAAUGAGUUACAUAAUUAAAUUUAUCUUGAUUUGCUUUACUAAUAAAUUUUGCCAGAUUAAAACGAUAACAUCUUUUUAAUAUAGUUUGGAUAGACCAAACCUAAGAAUCGAUUAUUAUUUGAAUCAAAUUAAAAAGGAUGUUAUGAUAAAAAUUCAAGUCGUUUCUUUAUUACAUAAAAUCAGGAUGAUCCUAAUUCUAAUUCAACAACGAGAUAGAAGAAUUCAUCAUUUAAAUAUUUUAGUGGAAUGAAAAAGUAAAGUGAAGAGGGGCUCAAUCAAAAUAAUUAUGUUUGGAAUCAAGAACUUUUCUAAUAACUAUAAAACUUUUAAGGAGGUUUAACCAAUCUAAUAUACUUUGUUGAUGAAUUGUAUUCUAACUUUUUAUCAGCCAAUACAACAAAUACAACAAUUUACUCAAGCAUUGUGGAAUUGUUAAAGUAUAAAAGUUCUAUUACAGAUGAAAUAUAGAAUAAUAUUGUUGUUAAUGACUAACCAUUAUAUAUUGAGGGUAAAGAUAUGAUUUUUCAAUUAAAAAAAAGGACAAAAAAGAUGUUCAAUUAAUAAUUUAAUAUUGAACCAGCAUUUGAAGACUACAUAAUAGAUUUUAUUCAAUAUGAAUCUACACAUCUUUCAAUAAAUCCAUUAAUAUUCAGUCCAGACUAAGAUAAAAUGCUUUAAUAACAUUUUAAGGACAAAAAUAUGCAAAUAUUGUCAGAUAAUUAUUACUUAAUAAAAUUAUUCAAUGUUAUUAAAAACAGAUAUAUAACUUAUGAAAAUAUUUCAUCUUACUUUGGCACUAAAUUUGGAACAUAUGAGAUCUGUUCUAAUUAAUCAUAAAAAAUUAAAGAAUAUGAGAUAUUGUGUAUUUCAAGCAAACAGUCUCUGGAGGAUUCCAUAAAUGUAAUUUAAAUAAAGUAGAAAACAAUGAAACUAUUGAAUUAACUUGUGAAUGCAAGAGUUUGGGGGAAAUAUUUUUAAUUUCUUCUACAAAUUUUAGUUUUGUAGAUGUAUUUAAUAAUAGCACAGAAGAAGCUGGUUUUGAUAUCACUUCAUUCUAAGAUGAUUUCUUUAUUUUAAUUAUUUGUACAAGCUCCUUGA